AUGAAGCUCCUCAUGCCAGCUACCCUCAUCCUGCUCCUCUCCUUCUGCAUCCCGGGCACAGGGGUGUGUGAAUACAGCCCUGUCCUCACUGUGCCUAAUGGAGGCCACUGGGGCAAGUGAGGCAGUUGGCAAUUUUGCCACUAUGGCUAUGCCAAUGGAUUUGUGCUGAUGGUGGAGCCCUCCCAGUUUGGAAGAGAUGAUGCAGCUCUGAGUGGCAUAUGCCUGCAUUGUCAAGAUGAUUCAGUCAUCGAGUCCUUGGUAGAGGUGUGGGGUACCUGGACCAGCUUCUAAGUUUGCCCUGGAGGCUACUUGAUCUCCUCACUGAGAACAGAGAAGUCCCAAGGAGGAGGUGGUGGCACAGCAGCCAACAUCCAGUUCAGAUGCUCAGAUGGAACUGUGCUAGUAGGUGAUGGACUAUCAUGGAGUAGAUUUGGCCCAUGGAGCAAAAGCUGCAACAUGUGUGGUCUCCAGACCAAGGUAGAGCCCCCACAGGGGCUUCAGAAUGACACAGCGCUCAACAAUGUGAAGUUCUUCUGCUGUAAAUGA